AUGAUCUCCUCAUCAUUAAAAAUAUAUCAUCAUCAUCAUCAUCAUUUCAUUAUCAUCAAAAUAUACCAUCAUCAUCAAGAUUGUAUCAUCAUGAUAUCGUUACCAUCAAAAAUAUUUCAUCGGAAUAACAUAACAUCAUCAAAAUAUAUCAUCAUCAUCAUCAUCGAAAAUAUGUCACCAUCAUCACCAUCAUCAUCAUCAUCAAGAUUAUAUCAUCAUGAUAUCAUCACCAUCAAAAAUAUAUCAUCAUCAUCAUCAUCAUCAUCAUCAUCGAAAUAUAUCAUAACGUUUAUAAAUCAUUUGUUAAUAGUCAUAGAGUAA